UCAAUCUCGUGACUAAAAAUAAAUCAAUGGACGUUCAACCUUUGUGUUGUUGUUUACUGAAUUAAUAAGCUGUUUGAUACUCCGAUCAAAAUUUAUUUCAGUCUCUAUAGAUGUGGAUCUCGAUGACUGAGGACCUUUGGUAACCUUGGUGUCAUCAUGGCCAGUUCGUCAGGGAAUGCAGUCAACGUUUCUUCAGAUCCUGUGGCAAGGCUUGCUGAUUUCCUUAGACGGGGCAAGUCUGACAUUAAGGUAUUGACGGGAAAGAGUAAGCUGUCCCUGACGACCGUCUAUCUUUCCAUACUGAACCGAUGCUUCGCUACAACUCAUCCCACUGAUGACUCGACGGAGGUAGUGGAUGGUGGAAAAAAAUAUGAUGCAGAGUCCGUUAAAUAUCUAAGAGAUGUUCUCCACAGGACAUUAGGUUUAAAGUUACUUCAUGAGAAUGCUACUUUGAAAGGUGCUGUGGAUGUAUCACGUUUCCAUGCGUUGACGGUCCUAGAGGUCAAGCGAGUACCUGUCCAUUUUUUAGUUGGUCUAGGCUCUCUCCGAUCACAGCUCAGAGUGCUGAUAUGUUCCAGAUGUGUCAAUUCACUUCAGAUGUUGUUGGUAGGAUGUGGUGGAGAUAAAGCAGACGAACAAGACUGGCCAGUAUUACACACCCUAAACCUCAGUCAUAACUACAUUGAUGCUCUGGAUGAGUCAUUGCGUUUCCUUCCUGCUUUGAAAGCACUGGACUUGAGCCAUAAUAAUAUCAGACACACAAGAGAUUACUUUGAGAGCCUCCCUGAGAUCAUCCAUCUAAACUUGAGUUACAACCAGCUGUGGAGGGUACCUUCGCUGGGAGAGUUCAUUCCAUCUCAUCUACAGACCUUGAUCCUUCGAGGUAACAACAUAGAAAGUCUCUCAGGUGUGGAGUACCUGGAGGACCUAGGAACCCUGGACCUUGCCAAGAACGCCAUCUUUGACUCCUCAGAACUCUUCUCUUUGGGUUACCUGCAUAGGCUGAGGAAGAUGCACUUUGAUGGUAAUCCAUUCACCUUUCAAAGCAAGUGGCGGUUGAUGAUUGCAAAAUACCUACCACCAGAGGCAGCACAGUUAGUUACCUUUAUUGAUGACGUUCCUUUGACCAGAGCAGAGAUACAACUUGUACCCAGAAAGGGCAUCGUAAGACCUAUGAGGCCGGAGUACCUCUCCGACAACUUCUCGGCUUCUCUCCGUUCCGAGAUGUCAUACGAUAACCUGGAGGAAUCGGUAGACCCCGAGGGAGGUCAGAAAAGGAGGAAGCAAAGGGUCAAAAGGUUAUCUGCAAAGGUCAGGAAUGCAUCCAUCAGCGAGCAGUCAGAGGACCAGAAACAGAAAGCUAGGAAGAGGCUGUCAGAUACUGGUGUUAAAUCAUCCUCCAGCCCCAGGUCCACACCAGGAACCGAUGCCAAGAAAGAGUUUGAGGAUAUUAGACAGAUGCACGGCAAAGACUGGCUUCUGGCCCUUCACAACCCUUAUGAGCCACUCUCCAAACCUCCUGGACAUGUUAGCCAGACUACUGAGCCACAGCGUAGUCCCACCAAUGCUAAACUGGGUGAUGUUAAUGAUGAUGAUGGAUCAAGGACUAACAUUCAGGUGGAUGUCCAUGUUGAACAAGAGGGGUAUUCAGAUGGGCGUGGCCCUCCGGUGGUGGAGGUGGAGGAGGAGGUAGAGAAAACAUCGAUGCCAAGUGAAGAAAGCACCAGGGUGAAUCCUGUAGAUGGGGUCAGAGGUCAGGUCAAUGGUCAUGUGAAAGGUCAGGAAGAUGAAGGUGUGAAGCAACUAUCGAGGGAAUCCUCGGAGCAGAUUGACCUGUUGAUGAGACAGGAUUCCCAGCUCCAGGUUAGAAUCAAAGAUGGUGACUUGAAAGAAGAAGAGGACGAUGAUAAAGAGGAGGAAGAUGAUGGCAUUGACCUGUGUGGCCCAUUGCUGAUCAGACUGAACAAAUCUGAACCACCAGUUCAACUCUUUGUCACCAUCAAGGAAGCAUUUAUUGAAGAGAAAAACCUUUACGGCAAGGUUGUUCAGAGACUAGAAACAAAGAGUCUAAUAGGAAUGACAAUGUCAAUAGAAGAAAUGCUUGAUGAAUUCAGCAACGCUCCUGUAGAGCUUCCUGUAGUGAAGCUCUCCUUUGACUACAUCAACAAGGAACGUCGUAAGAGAGAUUACGUCAUGGAGGAUAUGAAUACAUGUGAAUCCCUGAUCAAAGUCCUGGAACCAAUGAUUGUCCUGAACGAGGCAAGUAAGACCAGGAUCUUCUUACAGUGUCUGAAGUGUAUGAUGACAUUCCCAAAGGAACAGGCUAAGAAGAGAGUUGAGAAGAAGCCGAAGAAGUCUGGGACGUGGACCUCUGAGGAAGAGAGCGGGAGUGAUUUUGAGUCGGUCAGUGAAGUAUUGACCUGUCCAAGCUGUGGUAGUAACCUUCUGCUAGAGGUCGAUGACCCAAGGAGGUCAGAAGUCAACACACCUGUAGGGUCAGUGGCAUCGGUUGACAUGGCAGCCAUGCCUAUGGCUGCAUCAUCACCAUGGAAACAAAAAAGAGAAGCGGAUACCAUCGUGGUAAGCCCAUCCAACAAACCCAGCCAUUUGAUAGACCCAUCAGUCGACAUUUUCUCCUCCAACUCCUCUGAUCUCAGCUACACCAAGAGUGCCUCGUCCACCCCUUCCCAGCUCUCACCGAAGAAAGACCGGACCAAGACGAACCUUAGUCCAGCCCAUGGUCCAAGAGGCCAGGCGAUUAGAGAUCUGAUGCAAUCACCAUCAAAAGAUGGCUCAUUGACCUCGUCGCUGUCAUCACAACAUAGUGGAACAAGUUCAGAUUUUAGGUUACCCGAUCCAAGCAUCAAGAUGGAAGUAACUGAAAGUAGUCCAGUGGAAGAGCUUGUCAACUACCCAAGAGAGAAACUCACCGAGCUACUUACUACCAACAAGAAAGGUUUCAGGCAAAGCACCGAACAACCAAGCAGUACUUCCCAAAGGUACUCUCUCUGUCCCACUGAUGGUGGGAGUGUAUCUAGCAUGGAUGCCUCGGGACCUCCCACCCCUGUCCAACAAAUCACAACCAACCCCUUUGACUCACAAUUCAAGAACUCUGCCAUCAAGAUGGACCCCUCGAGGACAUCACCAUCCCAGCUCCUCAACGGCAGUGCCAAGAUAUCCACUGAUGAGUUUGAUGGAGGAGGUGUCGUCGGAGCAUCCCAUGAGGGCGAGGUUAGGACUAAUGGAGAAAGUGAUGAUGUAUUCAACCCCAGGGUUGAUCAUAGAUACAGUGAGGAUGAUAUUGUGGUGUUGCAGAACCCGGAAGCAGCAGCAUCCAAUCAUAACAUGGAAUAUAGGAAUGUCUUUCACCUACAAGAUGGGCAACAUCAAGACAAGGACUCCGUCUCCGUGGAUGCUAUCAGCGUCGGGCGUUUGGACAGCAACGAAAGCGACAUAGCCGUGAUAAGUGAAACGGACGCUCAAAGCAGUAACAGUGCGCUUGCAUUGCUCAGGAACUCUAGCCUUGGGAAUAUCAGUGCCACAUCAGAUACUGUGUUUGAAAACAGUCACCAUGGCAAUAUCAGCAAUGAGAAUAGUGAAAGUCCUGCUCAGCAACGGCAGCAGACUUCUUCAUCUGACGAUCACAGGGGCUUGCUGAGCUCCAAUGAGCAUGACGUUAUCUAUAAAUCAAACUCUGGUUCUGAGAGUGCAUCUGAGGUCAAUGGAAGUGGUCAGUGGAAUGUUGGUGGUACUAACCAUCCUGUAAUCAAAAGAACGGUCCAAUCUUCACCGUCUCAUUCUAUUAACUCAACUGAGACAUCCAUGUUAUCAGUGGCUGAGGAGGAUUGCUGUAGAGUAGAUCACCGUAUAAAGCUCUUCUUUUCCAUGUCCGUCUUUGGCAAUGAGGAAGAAUUCACUUGUCUAUUAAAGGGCACUGUGUUUCAGUUGAGCAAGAAGCAACAUUUUGAUGGUGUGGUGGUUGUAUCAACAGAUAGUAUCUACCUCAUGAAGAUCACAAAAGAAGAAAGUGAGAACCCAUCUGAUUGGCUGGUUAAGAAAACACAACAUCCAAUCAAGGACCUUGUUAGAAUACAUGUUGGUCUUGGAAGUCAGAGUAUGCAGUUUGAAUUCUCCUCCGAUGGGAUUCUAUACACCGUUGUGAUAGGAGACAAGAAGAGAAUUAGACAGUUUGCUGCAGUUUUGAUGAAUUUAAUCAGUACAAGUGCAUGGAAGAAAAAGUUUAAAGGUGUUGUAUGGGAGCAUGCCCAGACGUUUCUCAACCUGACCGAUGAGGUGUUUGUCCCCCAGGCUACAGGGGAUACAAGCUAUGAGGUAGAUCCUCAGAUCACCGUCUUCAUCACAUCACAACUCAAGACAAGACUAGAAACGAAACAAGGUACAGAGAUGAAAGUAGAGCCACUAGGUAUCCUAGUAACCGCUACUGAUAUCUACCUGGUUGAAGAGAACCACUUCUAUCCCUUAGCUCUUGGGAAGAACAAGAAGAGUGUCAAGGGUCAACAUCAGUUCGUCCCAAAGGGUCAUCGCAAGAUCAGUGAUAUCUCAGGACUGGAGUUGUAUGGUGACUCUCCAACUGAUGUGACGGUUUCAUUCUUUAGUGAGGACACUGGUGAGGAAUCUCAGUGGAACAUCAGUACAUCAUCAGAUGCAUCGCUGGAUCAACUUAUAACGGCCAUUAAGCAACCUUGGAAAGAGAUGUUUGGUGUUAACAUUCAAGAAACUCUUCAUCCCUCUAUCGCUAUCCAGGAUUUAACGUGAAGUCUCCAUGGAAACAGCCAAACAGAUAUUAACCAUCAUCAUACUGACCACCCAAACUUCAUCACUAUCAGCUAUGCCAGAUGUCCAAUCCAUCUUUUUAUUUACUUCUUAUGUUUUAUUAAUACCUUAUAAGAUAAUUGAGAUAUUGUUAUAUUUUUCUACAAUUUUCUUUCAUCUGAUUGGAGGAAGAGUAAAACACAGUUUUAGUAACACCUGUUAAGAAGGACCACCUGUCUGUUAAGACCACAUAUUUUGUUCCCUUAAAUAUAAUUCCCUAAAGUAAGAAAACCUGCUCAUAAAGACCGCUUUUCUUGUCUCUCUUGGCUGGUGUAUAUAAAAUUAUAUAUGUAUAUAAAAUUUAUAGUUGGGAGUAUAAUGCCAUAAAGAAAUUGAAAUCAUAGAUUUGAAGAAAAAAAAACGAGCAUAGCUUUCAAAAAUGAAAGGUAAAGUCACAUAUAUAACUAUACUAUAUAUUUCUAUCUUUCCCACAAUUCAGGUUAGUAAACACCAUGUAUUAUGAUCAUUUUAGGAGAUAACAAUAAUAUUCUUGAAUGACAGGGUUUACUCAUUCUAGAUGUUCUUGCUUUAAGUUUUUUUUUUAAUAAGGAAUCAAAUUCAAGAAAAACUGCUAAUGCAGCCUUGAUAGACGGAUGAACCUUACAGACAGAUGGUUGCUUACUUAUUAUGCAAUAUUUUUGAUGAUCCAUAAAUGCUCUUUUCUUCGUUAGGAAUUCAUUUUUUUUUUCUAGUUAUGUAUUAUUUGGAGAAGUAUAUGCAUAUUUUUAGUCAAGAAAUGUCUUAUUAUAUGAAGAGCUCUGUUUGAAAAAGUACUACAUUUGUGCAUUUGAAGAAAAUUGAGCUUUUAAAAUUAUUGAUAUUCAGCUACAAAUCUCUCUUUACACAUAGCUUUCUACCCAAACUUUGAGAGCAAUUAGAUAUAGAAAACUUCUGUACUGUCUUUUCACAGCCAGUUUUUUUUAAAAAGAAUAUUAUGAACUGCAAUAAUGUGCUGAAAAUAACAGUUGUAUUACUUUCUAGUAUAUGGCGAUAAGGAAUAAGCCACUCAAAAUUUAUUUCAAAACAUUUCAAGUAAACAAAUGCACUGUUCUUCUUUUUAGUGUUCUAUGCAAACUGCUGAUAUAUUUCUACUUUGCAUUUUAAUUCCUUUAUUUAACUUUGAUAUUUUCACUUGAUUAAAAUACUGCUUUAUGCUCUGACAAUGUUUACUAAAUAUUAAAUUCUACUUCUGACACAGACUGGGUAAUGGGUGAAUGAAUUAAAAAAUAAACAACC